CCCUUAUGAGCUUCAAACGCCCUACUUGCCACCCGCGCCCUAUCCCUCGUAUCUCCCCUGUCUUUGUCGAUCCUGCCCAAUAUCGGUUUCCAUGCACGCUGCACGGCAGGCAUGUCGCCCAAAACACCAGGUUUUGGUCCUGAAGUGCUAUCCCAAAUUCCAGAAGAACAACACCGACGUCAAACCCAAUUCGAGCGAACUGAGCUACCUCCUCUACUAUGCCAGCACGCGACGCAGUAAGCUGCAGAAGGUUGGCGACUUUCUGGACAAGCGGGCCACCAGCGAUGUAUGGAAGGGCCGCUUAGGCAAUGUGCAAGUCACCCUCGAGAUAUUAAAAGCGAUCAUUGAGAAAUGCCCCCGCGACCUCCCCUUGUAUGCUGGCUCCGUGUUGAGCAUACUUCGUACGAUCCUUCGGUCUCAUGAUAUUACUAUGGUGGAAGAGUCGGUUCCAACUUUCGAGACCUUCUGCGCACACCAGGACCCUGCGACACUCGCGGCAGACCAGGAAUACAUAAAGCAAUACGAAGAUACAGUGCGGCUAUAUGCUGAAUUUGCGUCCAAAGAGGCCGUGGCGCAUGCAAAGACCCCUAUAAGCUUGCCUGUGGCUAUCAGAUUUCGAAAGGCUGGCCUCAAGGCGAUAAACGGAAUCGCAUCUUCGGAGUCUCUAGGAUCGGAGACUGGACGACAAUUGGCCGCCAUUCUACCAGCAAUCCUGCUCAAUAUAUACUCGGACAGCGGAGAAUAUUUGGAUCAAUUGGUGCGCAGAGAAGAGGAGAGGGGGGAUUUGGAGAAGCAGGACACUCUCCGACGGCGACAAAGUGUUUCUACGGUGUUAACGGCCGACACCGCCGAGGGAGACCCAGUUGCUGCUUCAGGGACUACCGAAGACGCAGACAAGAUAGCAGAAGAGGAAGUUGGCCUUGUAGCGCUACAGGCGUUGAGGAAUAUUUUCAAGGAAGUGAACCGAAACCAGCUCCGACUCGCAACGUCUGCAGUACUGAAGUUCAUCGCCAGCCGAGUCAAGCCUCAUGAUCACUUCAAAACCCAUGACAAUCGCCCGUGCCAUAACGGCAGCUGGCCAACUACUCUUUUCGCUAUGAUAUGUGGCUGGGCCACAGUCCAGGAUCGAUUCGUAAUCCUCGUUGGGGCCAUGGAAACCCUUGUGCAAAGCCCAAUCAAGGAAGAGGAUAUCGAAAGACAGCUUGUCUUAGCCACUAUCAUCGACUAUCUCCUUAGUUCUCAGAUCAAUUUCAUUGGCCUCAGUGUUAUGGAUGUCUUGAUUGGCCUAAUUUCGCAUACGUUGCUGCUGCUUCAACUAGGAGGACAUGGCUCCAAUAUAGUCCCGCACCCUCAACAAGCAGAUGCCGUUGGGUCAUUGAAAGAGAAGGGACCGACAUCAUCCGGAAGCUUGACCGGUGCAGUCGUGAUGGAGCUGGUCAAGACGCCUUCAGACUAUCGCCUUCAAUUACUUGCCACUCUUCAAAAAUGCAUGGCAAGUCUAGCGACUCACGUUUACUACACGGACCAAGUAGCGGACAUGCUGAGAGCUGUCCUCUCGCGACUAAAACCUUCCUCCCAAUCAGAUAUCCCCACGACCGUAGCAGCAAUAGAUGAUCCUGUCGGUGCUGUUGACGCUGUUGCCAGUUCCGCAAACCUGCAGGAGAAGACCGGUUAUGUGGAUAGUUUCUUCUCUUUUGAAACUGCAAGAAUCACGGCGUUAGCGACUGUUAAAGAAAUACUGAUAGUUGCAAAUUCGAAGAAACCGGACGGCUCAUCAACAUCCGACAACCGAAGACAGGUAGAAGUAGGAGUCUGGGAAGGCACUCAAUGGCUAAUACGCGAUCCCAACGGGCAAGUAAGAAAAGCCUACGCCGACGCACUACUCACAUGGCUCAACCUAGAGCUUAGGAAGAAGAACCUGAGAGUAGUGCAAGAGGUUCGCCCGGCCAAAACCGAAAUCAAAGAGAAGGAGAACGGCAUCGACACGAAUCUUGCGAAGAGAGCAGUUUCCAACGCGUCACACAGGGAAAAGGCCGUGAAACGAUCCCAAGCGGCCUUUAUUACGAUGCUCCAUCUUGCGAUCUAUGAGAAUGCUCAUCAACACGCUGACUCUGAACCUGACAUACUGCUCUUACACCUCCUUCUUACCAACCUAGUUGAGAAAAUGGGUGUCAAUAGUGUCAAAUCAGGACUACCGAUGAUCAUGCGACUGCAAGAAGAUAUCCAACUUGUCGAGAACCCGGGGUCCAAGAUUAGACUUGGCAGUCUUGUUCAUGGCUACUUCUGGGCCCUCAGUGUGGCCUUCGAUUUCGAAACCUCGUCAAUAGGAAGAGCACUGCAUAGUGAAAUCACAAGGAGGAAAGAUAAAGGGCUGUGGCUAAGAUCAGUGCGGAUCCCUCCUGUGCCGUUAAAUCAGAUUGAGCUGCCUGCCACAUACCCAGGCUUGGGCAAGCUCUCGCCCGACCUGGUCCAAACCGAAGCCCUUAAGCCAUUCGACAAUCGAGAAGCACUCGUAGACCUAAUAGCAGACGGUUAUACUACAUCUCUCGCCUCGCCGCCUUCCAGUCCUCCAGCCUCGCCCGGUCUCCCCAGUCGCCAAACUAGCCGCCAAAGAUCUGCCUCUAUGGUCAAGACUUCACGAACACUACAAUUGGACAACAGCAGUACGCUUCCCGCAAAGAUCAAGGACCAGAUGAUGGCCGAUUGGUCUAAAGCCGCUUGCAUCGCCUCUACAACUCAAGACUCUUCCUCUUCAGCGUCCAUAUCUAACUCCCGUACUGGCACUACCAGUGGUACCGCACGACCUAACAACCUUCUCGCGGCAUCCAUCCCCAAUGGUACUCUCGAUAGUAAUCCCGCCAACUCACCUCACCAUGCCUUCAGACAGCAUUCGCGCCCACCAUCUGCAGCAUAUGGUCUCGUCGGCCAUGGCAGCUCCCCAAAUCGCAACGGUAGCCCUAUGCGCAGUGGCCUCAGUUCGUCAAGCGUGCAUUCUGCUGUACGUGUUGAGGAUCUGAAGCGCGUACUGGAGGGAAGAGCGCCCCGGAGCAGCUACACGGCGCGUGGCAGUGUUCGUGGCUCUGCGGGAUACGAUGAUGACACAGGUAGCGAAAGCAUGGUUUCCGUUAGCGAGAUGAGUUAUGCUACCGCCAACGAUCGGGAACGUGAUGCCGACGCUGCCACAGUUGGCAGCAGCGGGGACGGUGCGAAUAGCGAUGGGAGUGCGACGCCAAAAGUCUUGAGCAUGCAGCCACCUGCGAGCACGUCCUCCAAGGAUUUUGCGGGCAAAAGGGAUGCAGUGCCGCCUGUUCCCCCACUUCCGCCAAGCUUGAGGGCAAGUUCAGUCUCGCCCGCGCCAAUUCCCGCACAGGGUACAGGUGGGAGGCCGAGGACGGCGCCCGGAAAGAACACACAUGGUGACAAGAGGGAAAGUGCAAACGGGAGUGUGCGCAGCUUAAGGCAAAGCCGCAGUCUAAAAAGAGGAGAGAUAAGGUCACAGAGUGGCAGUCGGGAUGGCGCGAGGCUAAAAGAUGGCAAGGGAAGGAUAGAUUUCUACAACUUGUUGGAUGCGAUUGGGGUGGAGGAUAAUAGUAAUGGCGAGGAGGACGACGUUGGUAGCGGCGGGGCGAGAACGCCGCCAUACUGAGUGCUUCCUAGUAUAUCAUCUCUUUUUGAAGCGUCUCUCUGUUUGAACCAAAUGAUAGUUGCGCGAUGGGCUGUAGAUAUCGUGUUGGAGGGCUCCUGCGUGGUGCAGAGUUUUGGGGCCGUGAAUGUAAAUUUGUGCAGGCCGUGAAUUGGCAAUACGGGUUUCACGACGUUUGAACGUGGCUGCAAUAUUACUGGACUUUGCGGAGCU